AGGCAAAAUGUCGAACUACAAUAUGGCAUGAUGCUACAUGAUUGUGCUUGUGCUGGUCGCGGUACCUCUUCUUCAUCGACGUCGCCUCUCUACUACUUCUGCUCGAACAACUUAUCCUCUCUUCCAACAGAUGAUUUCUUGAGGCCCUCCAAGUCUCCAACCUUCUCACGGUUUGCUUUCUGUUUGCCAUUGCUAACACGCAAGAAGGGGCAGGUGAUGAAGACGAUUGACCUUAGCACUGGCAUUUGGCUUUUGGAUGUGGAGUAGGAAGUUUGGAGGCUGUGGAGUGAUAAAAUACGCGAAAAGCGGGGGGUUUUUGAUGCGUCUACUGUCUCCACUAUACUUUCGUGGUUCACUGUGAAGACAAAUACUAGAUACGAUCAAUUUUCUGCUGAGAUGGACUCUAAUGACGGGUUUCUGGAUCCCAAGUGGCUUAUUGAUCCCAAGUUGCUCUUUGUCGGCUCAAAGAUUGGGGAGGGUGCCUAUGCUAAAGUGUAUUCGGGGAAGUAUAAGAAUCAAGAUGUUGCUGUUAAGAUUUUGCACAAUGAAUAUAACCCUGAGGAUAUGGAGAAGAAAGAGGCAAUGUUCAUGAGGGAGGUGACUGCACUCGUACAAGUUCAGCAUAAUAAUCUUGUUAAGUUUGUUGGAGCUUUGAAGGAGCCUGUGAUGGUAGUGGUUACAGAGCUUCUGGGUGGGGGCUCUCUGCGAAAAUACCUGAGGAACAUGAGGCCGAGGAGCUUGGAGCCUGUUGUUGUAGUUGGCUUUGCAGUAGAUAUAGCUAAGGCUGUGGAGUGUCUUCAUUCUCAUGGAAUAAUUCACCGUGAUCUGAAGCCUGAAAACUUGCUAUUAACUACAGAUCUGAGAACUGUGAAACUAGUGGACCUUGGUCUGGCAAGAGAGGAAACAGAAACAGAGAUGAUGACUGCUGAAACUGGGACAUAUCGUUGGAUGGCUCCAGAGUUAUGCAAUAAUGUCACGUUAAAGCGUGGGCAAAAGAAGCAUUAUGAUCACAAGGUGGAUGUAUACAGCUUUGGACUGGUGUUAUGGGAGAUGCUUCAUAAUCAGCUUCCAUUUCAAGGGAUGUCUAACCUGCAAGCUGCCUUUGCAGCUGCUUUCAAGAAUGCCAGGCCCAGUACAGAUGACCUCCCCGAAGAACUGGCUUUGAUCUUAACUUCUUGUUGGAUGGAGGAUCCAAAUGCAAGACCCAACUUCACCCAGAUUGUGCAGAUGCUUCAGCAAUAUUUAUCCAUUAUUUCACCACCUGAACAAGUGUUUCCUAACCCAGACAUGACUUCUCAAAACUUUGUUUUGUCACCUGAAUCUCCCGGAACGAGUAUUAACCAGUCCUCCGAAUCGCUGGAUGAUUUGCCUGUUGAUAUGGUCAAAAAACCAGUUCCACUGGGAUGCUUCCACGGUUUCAACCGAAUCAAAUUGUCCUCAGAUUCCUGGCGUAAAUGGUUGACCCAACCCAGCCGAUCUGAUUCCACCAACAAUAAUACGAGCAUGAAAGGAACAACAGAGAACAUACAAAGAGGAUUCUUUUCCCGCUUCAGCCACUGCCAUGGUAGUCACUCAAAGAGAUGACAAAAGCACUACAAUGCGCCGACUGCUGGGAAUAACCAAGAGAAAUUUCAGGUGCUUUACAAGUAAAUUUCCUUUUUAUAUUUCUUGUUAAUCAGAAAAGCAGCAGUUCAUGAUAACAGUGAAAGAAACUCAUAUUGAGGAAAUAUAGAAAAUGCCUAUUGUACUUGUCUUUUAAAUGCUAUCUAUUUCAUUGUUACAACUUAAU